AUGUGGCAGGCUGAUCACAAAAGGUUUAUUCCUGGGUUGAUCAAAAUUCAAAUACUGUUUGCUCUACAAUUAUAUCUUUUCACAGGAGCAAGAGUCGGGUCUUUCAUGCCUUCUGAUGAGAACAAAGGAGAACGAGGUCUGCGAUAUGAACACAUCAAUUUGGUCCUGUUCCCUUCACCUACUGCUCAAUGGGAAGUUGGAUGGAGAGUCAAUCAGGCUUGGCUCAAGAAUAAUCGAGAUCCAGAAUAUACAGUUUUUGGAAUUGGCAUUCGUGACAGCAAACGAUCACAAUUCGCGUCUGGCGACCUUCUUCUUGGACUUGCACUGGGACAUGGCGCUCUUUUCGGAAUUGAAACCAAAGCAGAUUUGGCAAAAUAUGAUCUAUCCAAUGGAGAAAUACCAUUGCGAUGGAAAGAAAGCUAUUUGAAAAAGCCCAUUUUUCGGAAUGUGACAGCCGACGGACCUCAAGAUAUCCCUCUCACGAACAAAGACUUCUAUCAUUAUCUUCACCUGAUUUUUGACGCGGCUGGAUACAGUGAGCACCCAACAAUACAUGAUGCACGACGAAGUCUAGCCAAAGAAGUUGAAAAAAUGUAUGGCUCCGCGCCUGUCUCCCAGAUUCUAGCACAACGAGACCCAAAAACAUUCCCAGAGCACUACCAAGCCCACUGCUCCUCUAUAGAUACAGUCUCAGCUGUGCUUGAUGAGGAAGUUCAAACAAAACAUAUUGAGUAUUUCCAAGGCUACGGUCAAUUUUGUGAACCAGGUGUGCCUCUUGAAUUGCCUGCUCACGUGAAGGAGGGUAUUUUGAUGUUACCCGAAAUGGUGGAAAUGAGAACAGACAUCCAAAUUGCUGAAGAACGCAAGGACCAAGAGAAGCACCAGUCCAUGAAGCGGGAAUAUAGAGAGGCAUUAGCCCGGCAACGUCGUGUUGACCUAAAGAAAUACCAAGAUUCAUGGAUACAGGCAAAAAGAGAUCAAAAUAUUCUGAAUCGGGGAAAGGGGAAGCCUGUACAAGUGGUAAAGGACAUUUGCAUACGUGCUCAAUACCUAAUCAUGCCAGAGCUUGCACACAUCGCAACCACCAUGUCUUGUACAACUGAGUUGACCUUUGAAGAGAAACUUUCUUUUGUGGAGGACCUCCAUACAAUAUGCUCCCGCAAAGAGGAUGUUAUUUACCUUCCCAAUGAACAGCCAAUUGAAGGUCUUUGUCCCGCAAACGGCUGUCAACUUAAGAUUGAAAGGGUGAGAGAAGCGCCCACAUUCAUGAAUGCAUUCGACAUGAGAAAGGACUCGCCCUUCAAGUUCCUGAAUCGCGGCUACGUUUUUGCUACGAGU